AAAGCAAAAUUUUCAAAAUCACUUGUAUUUACUUUGUAUAUCCUUCAAACAAACAAGUAAUGUAUUGUGUUAUUUGUGUAUAUAUAAUUAUAAAAAUAAAAAUAAAAAAGUAUUGGAAAUUGUAGGCCCAUAAUGAUCUGCAGGGCUGCGGCCCAUUGUCAUCCAUACUGGAAAACGACGGGUCGUUUCUUCGUAGCCGUUGCUUACCAUCAUCAUCCCCUUUUCUCGUCUCUUUCUUCUCUGUGAUACGAGAGAGUGAGCUCAGCAUCAGCAGGAUAGUAUAGUGAAGUCUCCUUCGGAUAUCUGGGAAGAGCUCAAGAAGCUUCAGCUGCAAGAAAAACAGUUAGAAGAUGGCGGAUAGCAAAGCAAUCCGAGUGGAGAGCAGAAUUCCCGCGCUCGUUUUUGCGCCACCACGGUUGUUCCGCCCUUCUCAAUUCUCAUCCCGCCCCCGCCAAACCUCCUCUUCGUUUCCGAGUCCUGGCCAUGGAUGUAAAGAGGAGCCCAAGCGUCUCAAAUACCCCGCUCCUCGCUUCACCAAGGAGGGCGGUUUGGUUUAUGUGGAAGCUGAGCCUAGUGGAGAGGAUAGCUGGAAGUUAGAUCCCAUCGUUCAGAUUCUGAAGCAGGCCGCCGUUGGUGUCAUUCCCACCGAUACGCUCUGUACGAUUUGAGCAUUUGGCUUUCCUUGCGAUCGAUCGUUCCUCGUUCAGUGUACUUAGGGUGGCUGAUUUCUAGUCCUCUUUUGAUUAUUAGGUACGCCAUAGUUUGUGAUAUGAAGAUCCCAUCAGCUAUUGAACGUCUUCGUAGGUACUAGUUUUCUCCCUCUUUUGAAGGCGUUUUGAGUUUGGUGGUACCCCUAGCAUUGAAUUUUCAAGGUGGAUGCUUUUAAUUGAAAUGCAGCCUCUCAGCAUCUUAUGACCCUCUUUGAGUGAUGUAGACAUGUACACGAACUGGUUUCCCUCACGGUGAUGCCCAAGGACACGCGAAUAUCUUCCGAGCUGUUAAACAUUUUUACCUCGACCUGUGAGUAAGGAUGUAAUCUCUCUUACAGGUUACGGGCAUUUGGGAAGGCAAUGAAGUUCCUCAUUUGGUUAUAUUGGUUAAAUAACUAGGAAGUUUCCAUUACAUUGCAUUCGCAUCCCAAUAGGACGUGCAGAUGGGGCUUGAAUGGGAUUGAUGAUCAUGGCUGGUCUUAAUUCAUCAUUUAUGGUUAUGCAUUUAUGUUAAAGUACACUUUCAUAAUGACUGCAAGCAAGGAGUUGCCUAAACGAUGUAUGAGGUAUGGGACUCCAACUACUAAAUAUGUUGCUGGAAGGAUGUGGGCGUCAGGAUAUCGGAUGAUGCCAUUUGCCGACCAAUACUUGAAAAGCUUGACGCACUGCUGAUUUCCACAAGGUUUUUUUGUUCCACUUGAAUUUCCUUCGCUGUUUUGAAGAAACGUAAACUUUGGCUGGAUAAGGGCCUAAAAGAUGCUUGAGUUUUACAAAGAGGUUACAGAAGCAAUUUGAGAUGGAAGCCUGAAAGCUUCCUUACAAUUUCCUGUUCUUUGCAUUAGCGUGAAGGGCCUCAAGGAAAAUGAAUGGUUGUUGGAUCCUGUUGCAGUAGCUGAGGCAUAUGGACCAUAGGUACCAUUUAUCCAUCUGCUUAAGUUUCACCUUCCUCUUAUUCUUUUUUUGGAGUGUUCAACCCAUCUGGCUCGUUGAUGUAGGGACUGGAUUUCAUUGUUGACGGUGGUGUGAGAGUAGUUGAUCAUCCAUUGUGGUUGACAUGACAAGAAUAACCCCAGUAGUCGUACGGCAAGGAAAGGUAACCGAGCUUCUGUGACAAGGAGGAACAGUUCUUUUUUUUUUUCAGGGGAAAAGGAAGGAAGAACAGUUAAUUUUAACUUUGAUGUUACGUGUACUGAUUUCGUGAAUGGACAAUGCUCAGAGACCUAAACUGCCUUGCGUGGAGUCUGAAGAGGACAGGGAAUCAGUUUUAAAGCCUGAAGAUCUCAUACUUCAUACUACUUAAUAGAUGUAAAUCCUGCUGAAUCUUGCUUGCUCGGGACUUUUAUAAAGGCAUUGUACAGCUAAUUCAACAUCUGGUUCAUGGUCCAAGUAAACUGAAAUGUAUAGC